CAUGUAUUGCAAAAUGUGUAUUGGUCGGAUUUAUGCCCCCCCCCCCAGUAAAUUGGAUAUAAGUGUGACCCCCCCUACCCGUCAAAUUAUUUUUGCUGGUUUCAGCGGCGCCAUUUUCGUCGACAUCGGUCCACCUGGCAUCAUUAUCCAUGACGACGAGUUCAACAUGGUGGGCGAUCCCUGUGACCGUGGCGUCAGUGGUGGCCCUCGCUUACGCACUGGUACAGCUCACGGUCGAGCCAGAGUCCGUGCAGAAAAAGCGGCAUGCGAUGCACGUACUGUCGGAAGUCCAAAAUAUCUCGGACACUGUCGUCGCGAAGCUCGAUAUCCUUGAAGUCGAUGUCCACCACUUGCUUGACUCCGCCAAGGCCGACUCACCCAACGACGUCCCAUUGAACUCAUACUACCACUUUGACUCGACUGGCAAGAAGCUCAAGAGCAAGUGGGAUUCAUACGACGUCGACGCCGAGCUCGACAAGGUCGACGAUGACACUGCCACGUCAGCCCUUCGUCGGCCUACUUCGUCCCCCGACCAGCUCCGUCGAAAGGUCGGCGAAUUGGAGCACGAAUUCGAAGCCAUUUUGGCGUAUUUGGACACAGUGCGGGGCGACGAAGAGGUGCGCAUUGUGCGCAAGCAAUUGGUGGGUGCCAUCAACGACACGUAUCUCGUGACGUUGGACCGGCUCAAAGGUCAAUUGGCAUGAGUGAAACCGUGGAAACAGAAUAAAUGAAUCAUUCAUGUAUUUGAGUCUGUCCAA